AUGUUUUUAGCAUCAAAACCAUUGAUUGUCUUUGUUGCCGCAAGCGUUGAUCAAUUUAACUCGUAUGAAACACUUAAAAAUGCUUUUUCUACGACAUUACAUCCAGAGUGGAAUUCUUCAGUGGAUAUGAGUCGAACGAAUAUUCAUAGUACAACUCAAAUCCCUUCUGGUAGCACAUGGUUUUCAUACCAAGGCGAUGCUAAUGAAGUCUGCGUGUGCACUGAUACAAAUGUUUGUGCAGAUUAUUUAGAAGAAACCAAAGACCUUAUGAAGACCAAAGCAUCUCGAUUUAUAUACUCGACAUGGAUGGUGAAAAUUCAGACAUAA